AUGGCUCUCAAGUCUCUUUCCUUGCUAGGCCUCGCCCUAGGCUUGGUCUCUGCUGCACCAAACACCCGAUCAGUCAAGCUCACCAUCGAACACGAGGGCCCCCUCGACCCUUUCUUCGUCGUUGACUUUCCCGACCCCGGUGUCCUCCAGGCCGAAGAUGGCACAUGGGUCUCUGUCGCAACACAAGGCGAAGACAAGAAGAUGCCAUAUGCUACCGCCGACGAAAUCCUUGGCGACUGGAAGGUAGCGGGGGAUCUCUGGCCCGGCAAAGGAUGGACCAAUAACGAGAACAUCUGGGCUCCUGAUCUGCGACGCCUAGACGAUGGCUCGUACAUCAUCUACUUUGCCGGUCAACAUGGCUCUUUGCCUGGCAACCCCCACUGCAUCGGUGUCCUUCGCUCCGACAGCAUCACUGGCCCCUACAAGCACGAUGAUGAGCCUUGGUUCUGUCCUCCUGAGGGCUGGAACAAGGUUAUUGAUGCGGCUGGCUUCAAGGAUACAGAUGGCAAGCGAUACGUGGUCUACAAGCAGGAGGGCGACACGAGCGGUCCAACCGGCGGCAACCCCCUCUUCCUCCAAGAGGUUGAGAGUGACGGCAGGACUAUGAUCGGAGACGCUGUUCUCCUCCUUGACCGUAUCGAGUCUGAGGAUGGCAUGUCGACAGAGGCCCCUAACAUCGUCACCGGUCACUUCGAGAACAUCAACACCUACGACGUCAAGUACGCCUAUGCAACCAAGGUGACGGGUCCCUACACCCGCGCCGAGGGAUCUCUGAUCAACGCUUCCAUGUUUAGUCUCAAGGGCCCUGGCGGUGCGACGAGCAACGAGGCGGGAGACACGUUGUUGUUCCACGGCUGCGCAUACCUAGACCUUGCAGUAGCCGGAUGA